AUGCAGUAUGCUGCACAAAUUGAUCCCAUAAAUUUUGGUCUAACGAGACAACCUCCAAGGCUCCAGCAGGAACCGGAGUCUCCUUCCCUGCCAACCACACUCACAGUGGAAGACUGCUGUGCGGCUGCGCCCAACUCGCGUGCUCCAAGCUUCCAAACCAAGCAAACCCCACGCCAUCCCCCACCCGAGAGAGAAGGAAGGCUCGCAGCGCAAAACUCCAUCCACGCCGAGGUCCCCGCCGCAAAACGAAACCCCCGACCCUACCCCCCCUCGCCGCCGCCGCCGCCGCGAGCUCGGGUACCGACCCUCCCCAGCUGCCCCAUUCCAAUGCGACGGCGGCACCCGCCGCCGCCGCCGCCGCUUCCGAUGGCCACCCUCCGGUCCCAAACCCUACCCACCUUGCUGCUGCUGCUGCUGCUGCUGCUGCUGCUCGUCACAGCCGUUCGAGCUUCUGGUGGAGGCGGAGACGGCGAGCGGGAGUCCUUGCUUCGCUUCAAGGCGGCCGUGACGGCGGACCCGGGCGGGCUCCUCCGAGACUGGUCCCCGGCGUCGGCCGACCACUGCCGCUGGCCGGGCGUGUCCUGCGGCGCCUCCGGCGAGGUCGUCGCGCUCAACUUCUCCUCCUCGUCCACCGGCCGCCUCUCGGGCGCGCUCUCCCCGUCUGUCGCGGCGCUGCGGGGCCUCCGCGUGCUCGCGCUCCCCUCCCACGUGUUCUCCGGCCCGCUCCCCGCCGCGAUCUGGUCGCUGCGCCGCCUCCUCGUGCUCGACCUCUCCGGCAACCGCCUCCACGGGGAGAUCCCGCCGUCGCUCGCCUGCGCCGCGCUCCAGACGCUGGACCUCGCCUACAACCGAAUCAACGGCUCCCUGCCCGCUGCGCUGGGCUCGCUCCUCGGGCUGCGCCGCCUGUCGCUUGCCUCCAACCGCCUGGGCGGCGCCAUCCCUGACGAACUGGGUGGUGCUGGUUGCCGCAGCCUACAAUUCCUCGAUCUCUCUGGUAACCUCCUCGUCGGUGGCAUCCCCCGGGGCUUGGGGAACUGCAGCAAGCUGGAGACGCUGUUGCUGUCAUCCAACCUGUUGGAUGAUGUCAUCCCGCCGGAGAUUGGAUGGCUCAGGAACCUACGGGCUUUAGAUGUGUCAAGGAACAGUUUGAGCGGCCCGCUACCUGCGGAGCUUGGUGCUUGUGUCGAACUAUCAGUGCUAGUUUUGUCCAAUCCUUAUGCGUUGGUUGGUGAUUCGGAUGUGUCAAAUAAUGGGGAUGUUGAGGACUUCAACUAUUUCCAAGGAGGGAUCCCGGAUGUUGUCGCUGCGUUGCCGAAGCUGAGGGUGUUAUGGGCGCCAAGGGCUACACUGGAGGGGGAGUUGCCGAGUAAUUGGAGUUCUUGCCAGAGCUUGGAGAUGAUGAAUUUGGGAGAGAAUUUGUUCUCUGGUGGUAUUCCUAAAGGGCUGUUGGACUGCGGGCAUCUGAAGUUCUUGAAUUUGAGCUCGAAUAAGUUUACAGGUUCAGUUGAUCCAUCACUGCCUGUGCCUUGCAUGGAUGUAUUUGAUGUCAGUGGAAACCGACUGUCUGGCUUGAUUCCAGAGUUCAUCUCAAAGGGUUGCCCUUCAUCUCAGCUCCCGUUUGAUGACUUGGUGUCAGAGUACUCUUCUUUGUUUUCAUAUCAGGAGAUUGCUGGCUUCUUUUCAUUUUCGUUAGUCACGGGUACAGAUAUGACGAGUUGCCAUAGUUUUGCCCGGAACAAUUUUACUGGAACAGUGACAUCCUUGCCGCUUGCUGCUGAGAAGCUGGGAAUGCAGGGGGGCUAUGCUUUCCUUGCUGAUGGGAAUAAUCUUGCUGGUGAGUUGCAACACAGCCUAUUCAACAAGUGCAACAGCUCAAGGGGAUUCAUUGUGGACUUUAGCGACAACCUGAUAACAGGAGGGAUUCCUGUAGAGAUUGGAUCACUGUGCCGUUCUCUUGUUGUUCUUCGUGUUGCUGGCAACCGGCUUUCUGGUUUGAUACCAACAAGUAUCGUGCAGUUGAAUUAUCUUAUCAGCUUGGAUUUGAGUAGGAACCAGCUUGGUGGUGAAAUUCCUAGUAUUGUAAAGAAUCUGCCACAUUUGGAACUCCUCUCUUUAGGCCAUAACCUUCUUAAUGGAACUAUUCCAAGUGAUAUUAAUCAGCUGCGCUCUCUGAAAGUUUUGGACCUGUCCUCAAACUUCCUCACAGGGGAGAUUCCUCGUACACUUGCUGACUUGACAAAUCUCACUGCGCUCCUCCUUGACAAUAAUAAGCUUACUGGGAAGAUACCAGCUGAAUUCGCUAAUUCGGCAUCUCUUACCGUGUUUAACGUGUCAUUCAACAAUUUGUCUGGUACAGUGCCAACAAAUAACAGUACAGUUGGAUGUGACAGCGUUAUUGGGAAUCCUUUGCUACAAUCUUGUCGAAUGUAUUCCCUUGCAGUCCCGUCAGCUGCUCAACAGAGUCGUGGUCUGAAUUCAAAUGAUAGUGAUACAGCGCCUGCAGAUUCACAAAAUCAAUUAGGAAACAGUUCAUUCAAUGCAAUUGAAAUAGCUUCGAUAACAUCUGCAACAGCUAUUGUCUCAGUCCUUCUUGCUCUGAUUGUACUCUUUGUUUACACAAGAAAGUGCGCUCCCCGCAUGGCAGGUCGAUCAUCUGGAAGAAGAGAAGUCAUAAUCUUUCAAGAAAUUGGGGUGCCCAUCACUUAUGAGACUGUUGUUCGAGCUACUGGAAAUUUCAACGCAAGCAAUUGCAUUGGAAGUGGGGGCUUCGGGGCCACUUAUAAAGCUGAAAUUUCACCUGGAGUGUUGGUAGCUAUAAAGAGGCUCUCUGUUGGAAGAUUCCAAGGAGCCCAACAGUUCCAUGCUGAGAUCAAGACUCUAGGGAGAUUAAGACAUCCCAAUCUUGUUACCUUGGUAGGCUACCAUCUUGGUGAGUCUGAAAUGUUUCUGAUAUAUAACUACUUGCCUGGAGGAAAUCUUGAGAGAUUCAUACAGGAGAGAUCAAAGAGACCUGUAGACUGGAAGAGGCUGCACAAAAUUGCUUUGGACAUUGCGAAAGCACUUGCUUAUCUGCAUGACACUUGUGUUCCCAGGAUCCUUCAUCGUGACGUGAAACCAAACAAUAUUUUGUUGGACACUAACCAUAAUGCUUACCUCUCAGACUUUGGACUGGCAAGGCUGCUGGGAAAUUCAGAAACCCAUGCGACCACUGGUGUAGCUGGGACUUUUGGGUAUGUUGCUCCAGAAUAUGCUAUGACUUGCCGUGUUUCAGAUAAAGCCGAUGUCUACAGCUAUGGUGUUGUACUCAUGGAGUUAAUAUCAGACAAGAAGGCCUUGGAUCCAUCUUUUUCUCCUUACGGUAAUGGAUUUAACAUAGUUGCCUGGGCCUGCAUGCUGCUCCGUCAAGGCCGUGCUCGUGAAUUUUUCGUCGACGGCCUGUGGGAUGUGGGCCCACAUGAUGACUUGGUAGAGGUGUUGCAUUUAGCAGUAAUGUGCACUGUUGAAUCGCUCUCUGUGCGACCAACUAUGAAGCUAGUUGUUCAACGGCUAAAGCAACUUCAGCCUCCAAUUCGUGAACACCGGUAAGAAUGCUUGAUUCACAUACUGAACUUGUAGAAGGUAAAGAUAGCUGUAACUUGAAGCCCUUGAUGAUUUUUUUUUUCUUCUGAUCAUUUGUUUAACUAGAUUCUAUCCGGUAGAUGCCAGUGUUGUAUAAUACUCCAGUUUUCGACUUAACUGCCCACUAAUGUAUCUGCAGAUAAGAAGAGCAGAUGUAAAUUAACAAUCUUAAUUCUAAAGAUUCCAUUUUAAGAUUGCCUGA